AUGAACUGGUUUAUUACAUUAAUGGAAUUUCCAGAAAAGACAGCUGAUGGGUUUUUAACUACAGGCAGUAGUUUAGCGACACUUUCUGCUAUACCAAUGGCCCGAGCAAGAUUAAUUGAAGGUAAUAAUUAUUCGAUGGUAACACUCUAUAUAUCAGAUGAAAGCGACCAUUGUAUUAGAAAAGUGUGGUCUACGCUUGGUUUACCAUUGAAAAAUAUUCGUUUUAUAUCCACUACACGAUCUGACUUUAAAAUGAAUGUAGAUGAUUUAAAACGAGUUUUGGAAAUAGAUCUCACAAAUAAUUUUAUUCCACUUUGUAUUGUUGGUAGCCAAUUGUAG